CACACAUACAGAACAUAGGCAUUCAUCUCUCUCUACCUGGACAUGAAAUCUCUCAUUUUCUCCUGCCUGUUGUGUUUAGCCCUGUGUACUGUGGUGGGGUCAGUGGGUUCGGCGGUGAGCUUCAGUGCCCAUGAUUCUCUGCUGGGAGCAUCCGGCGACCUCCAGACGUCCAGUGAAUAUGACGACCUUGAGAAGGAGAGGCUGGAGGAGGUGGAGAUGAGCAUGACCAAAGUUCAGCAGCUCAGUAAAUUAGGGGAGACGGGAGAUGCGGGAAGCGGGAGAGGGCGGAAUCGGAGAAAAGGGAAGGACAAAAAGAAAAACAGGAAAGCGGCGAGCCAAGCCCACACACCAGGCCAGAGACAGUACACACACUCCAGCUCACACACCACCGUCGAGGAUGUGUGUCUCACCACACACAGAGACUUCUGCAUACAUGGCCAGUGCAAGUUCAUGGAGGAUCUGAGGGAACCAUUGUGCAUCUGUCAGGUGGGGUACGAGGGGAAGCGCUGUGCGGUCCAGCUGAUGAAGACGGAGCACAGGGAGGUGGACGCUGACGACGAGGCCUACGCCCACACCGCUCUGCUGGUCAUCGCAGUCAUGCUGUCCGUCAUUAGCUGCUCCGCCCUGCUCCUCACCAUCUGUGUGCACUAUAAAACCCAGCGCCGAUUCCAGGCUGCUUUCUUUAACCCAAGCAAUGAAAAGGAAAACCCUCUGAAAAAUGACAUGAUGAUUUAGAAUCCACAGAAGCAGGACACAUCACAUCUUCUAGCAGCCCAGCAGAUGCAACCACUCUACUCAGUCAUGGAGAUUUAUUUAUGUGUUUACUUAUUUAUUGACUUCGGCACUUCAGUUUAGUUGACCUUCUGAUGUUUUAUUUAUUUCAAUAUCCUAUGUAUUAUGAUGCUGUCAUUGCACCUAUGGAGCCUUUUCA